GAUAAGUUCAUAACUUGAAUGCCAACAGAUAAGCUUCUUUAUAUCUGUGCCACUUGACAUCAAUGCUUAUAUAGAUUGAUAGCUUUUUAGUCUCUCUUUUUUUUCUUUUCUCCUUUUUUUCUCUUUUUUUCUCUCUUUUUACAUUUAACAUCAUGAAGGUUAUUGAUAAAAUCAAAAAGGCUGAGGCAGAAAAUAGAUCCUUUUGGUCCUUUGAAUACUUUCCACCCAAGACGCCUCAGGGUGUUCAAAAUCUCUAUGACCGUAUGGAAAGAAUGCAACGUUAUGGCCCUGAAUUUAUUGAUGUCACUUGGGGCGCAGGUGGAACAUCUGCUGAAUUGACAACAGAGAUUGUUGCCACUGCACAAUCUGUCUAUGGUUUGGAAACAAUGAUGCAUUUGACAUGUACAAACAUGCCCAUUCAACAAAUUGAUGACGCAUUAGAGGCUGCUAAAAAGUGUGGAUGUCAAAACAUCUUGGCUUUACGUGGAGACCCACCCAAGGGUCAGGCCAAUUGGGAAUCAUGUGAAGACGGAUUUGAACAUGCAAUUGAUCUUGUACGUUAUAUUCGUAAAAAGUACGGAGACUAUUUCUGUAUUGCUGUUGCAGGCCAUCCUGAGGGUCACAUCGAUAACCCCGAUAAAGAAGACGAUCUUUUGAGAUUGAAAGAAAAGGUGGAUGCUGGUGCCGACCUUGUUGUCACACAGCUCUUUUUCGAUGUAGACAUGUUUAUUGAAUUCUAUAAAAAGGCUCGUGCGAUUGGUAUCACUGUUCCCAUCUUACCUGGUGUGUUCCCUAUUCAAAACUACAGUGGAUUGAAGCGAGUGAUUGCAUUCAACGACAACUUUGUACCACAAAAGAUCUGGGAUGACCUCGAACCUAUCAAGGAUGAUGAUACAGCUGUCAAGGAAUAUGGUAUCAACCUUGCUGUUGAGUUCAUCAAACGAUUCCGUGAGGUCGGCAUCAACGGUUUCCACCUCUAUACUUUCAACCUCGAACGAUCUUCUCGUCUUGUUCUCGAGCGACUUGAACUCGUGGCUCCUCUCGAAAGUAUCAAGCCUUUGCCUUGGUCUCCCUCACUCAAUACCAAACGUGCCAAGGAAAAUGUGCGUCCUAUCUUUUGGAAGAAUCGUACCAAGAGCUACAUCCAACGUACAGAAACAUGGGAUGAAUUUCCUAAUGGUCGAUGGGGUGACUCUCGUUCGCCUGCCUUUGGUGAAUUAGAUGGCUGGGGUAUUAACCUUCGAUACCCCGUUGAACAGUGUGUCAACAUGUGGGGUACUCCCAAGUCUGUGGAUGAUGUUGCCUUGACCUUUGCUCGUUACUGUAAGGGUGAAAUUUCUGGUAUUCCCUGGAGUUCUCAGCAACUCGAUCCUGAAACUGACAUCAUUCGUCAGCGCUUAGCUGCCAUCAACUUGCUUGGUUACUUUACCAUCAACUCUCAACCUGCAGUCAAUGGUGUCAAGAGCUGUCAUCCCAUCUAUGGUUGGGGUCCCAAGAACGGAUAUGUCUAUCAAAAGGCUUAUCUCGAAUUCUUUGUUUCACCAGAGAAGCUGAAUGAGUUGAUCGACAAGAUCAGUCAGAAUCCUCAAGUGACUUACUAUGCCGUCAACAAACAAGGCGAUCUUCGUACAAACACAACAAGUGAUGAACCCAAUGCUGUCACCUGGGGCGUCUUCCCUGGUAAAGAAAUCAUUCAACCUACCAUUGUUGAAUCUGUUGCUUUCAUGGCUUGGAAGGAUGAAGCAUUUGAACUCUGGAAUCGAUGGGCUCGUAUUUAUGAACGUGAUAGUGAAUCAGCCAAGCUUAUUUUAGAUAUCACAGAUAGUUACUAUUUAAUUAAUAUCGUUCACAAUGAUUUCCAAGAUGAAAACGGUAUUUGGAGAUUGUUUGACUUGGAAAUCGAUGGUGAAAUCUCUCGUAAAUUAUUACAGUCAAGCGUUGCUCGUUAAGCAAUAUUGUAUAAUCCCCCAUUGUAUUCAACAUGCCUCCCUCUUUUCAUAUAUAUACAUUUUUACACUAUAUACAUAUGCACACAAAUCUGAAGUUUUGAAAACUCACUGUUAAUAGUAUUCAACUACCAUAAAAUUUAAUAUAAAGGCUUUUAAACAAUUAAAUUAUCUUGAUACAUUCGAC